UCUCUCUCCCCUUUAAUUUCAUAGUCUGAUAGACACUCUCAGAUCACAUGCUGCCAUGGACGCUCCAAAACCCUUCUUCUUCUUCCUUGUCGUCUUCUUGCUUCUCGUCACAAACAGCGCAAGCGUAGGAGCGCAAGUUGAAGAAUCCGGCGUGAAAGUCAUCGGCGAUAGAGCGGAGAUGCCAAUGGGGAUGUCAUUGUACGGCGGCGAUGCUGAAGAGGAGGAGGAGCUGGAAGGAGAAGAAUCUCCGGCGGCGGGUAGCCGGAGAUCUCUGUUCUGGCGCACAAUGAGGUACUACAUCUCCUACGGCGCACUCUCGGCGAACCGGAUCCCCUGCCCUCCCCGUUCCGGCAGGUCUUAUUACACCCACAACUGCCACGUGGCUACCGGCCCCGUCCGCCCUUACUUCAGAGGUUGCUCCGCCAUCACGCGCUGCCGGAGGUGAACACCUACACGUACGACAGUGUAUAACUACAGACCUACAGUACGUUAUAUGGGUUGUAUCUAUCUGUAAUCUGCGUGCUUUUUAAUUUCUUUUAAAAUUUUGCAGACUUAUUGCCUGCUAGGAUGGUCCACUGUUAAAACAUUAUUCUUAAUUAAUAUUCGAUUUAUUACUCCUUUUGAAUUUGUGUUUAUCAAA